UACAGACAAAAUAGGAUGUCACGAUACUGAAUUGGGUCAGACGAUUUUUGUUCUUUCUGAUGUUCAGGAAUUUUCAAAAAUAAAAUAUAGAGAUCUCUUCUGCGCGCAAACUGACAAGGUUUAGUACAUAAAUUUAUGGAAGUCAAACAAACAUUUUCACGCUCAAGAGCUUCCUUCCAAUCAAAACAGAAUCUAAGGAAUACAAGUUAUCAAAAUAAUUUUGAAUUCUUUUCUCACUUUCUCGUCGAACAAAGAGAUCUAAGAAAACAUCUCAAUGGCGGCUCUGAACGAUGGCGAAAACUCGGUUUCCAUCGACAAAGAAGGAAUAAACGGCGGUGAUAUGGAGCAAUGCGAGUGGAAUUUCGGGCCGAGCUCGGUAGUGAUGGGGAAGGACAUGGGAGGAAUUAGAGAAAUGUUGACUCAGUUGAUGUCACAGUUGAAUCCUCAGGGAAAGAGCAUUAUUCCUCUUGGGCAUGAUGAUCCUUCUCAGUUUGAAUGCUAUAGACCAGCCAAAGUUGUUGAAGAUGCCCUGGUUGAGGCCAUUCUUUCCCAUAAAUACAAUUGCUAUGCUCCUGGUAAUGGCCUCCCAGAUUCUAGAAGGGCUGUUGCAGAGCAUCUUUCUCCUGGCCUUCCUUACAAGCUAUUCGAAGAUGAUGUUUACUUGACUGCCGGCUUUAGACAAACAAUGGAAACCAUUUUUGCAGUUUUGAGUCGUAAAGAUGCGAACAUUCUCUUGCCAAGACCAUCAUACCCUCUUUAUGAUGUUUUAUUAGCAUACAAUGAUAUCCAAGCUCGGCAUUAUAAUUUAAUUCCUGAAAGGGAUUGGGAAGUUGAUUUAGACCAAGUUGAAGCAAUAGCUGACAGCAACACUGUAGCAAUUGUUCUUAGUAAUCCUAAUAAUCCGUGUGGUGCUGUUUUCAGCCAUGGCCAUCUAGCUAAGCUUGCAGAGACAGCUAAAAGGUUAGGCUUAUUAAUUAUAUCAGAUGAAGCAUACUCUCCCAUGGUAUUUGGUAAUAAGCCAUUUGCGCCAAUGGGAUUGUUUGCAACUGUUGUUCCAGUGGUUACCCUUGGAAGCAUAUCAAACCGCUGGCUUGUUCCUGGAUGGCAACUUGGGUGGAUUGUAACUUGUGAUCCUCACGGUAUUCUGAAAGAUACCCAGAUAAAAGAAGCCAUUGGGAAGCUUUUGAAUCUCGUGUGUGACCCAGCUACAAUUGCACAGGGUGCACUUCCAGACAUCUUAAAGAAUACACCACAAGAAUUUUAUGGGCAGACAUUGCAAAUGCUUGCACAUGCAGCUGAAAUAUGUUACAACCGCUUGCAAAAAAUCAUUGUUCUCAAUUGCCAAUUUAAACCUCAGGGUUCUCUGUUUUUGAUGGUUAAGAUAAAUACAAAUGGUUUUGAAGACAUAAAUGAUGAUUUUGGGUUUUGCACAAAACUUGCGAAGGAAGAAUCAGUGAUAAUCUUGCCAGGGUCUUGUCUUGGUAUGAAGAAUUGGAUCCGGAUAUGUUUUGCAGUUCCCCCUAGUUUGUUGGAAGAGGCGUUUGAUCGAAUUGAAUCCUUUUGCCAGCGGCAUACCAAGAGUACAUAAUGGAUUUUAAUAAAAUGACCACACAAUAUGACACUAUAUAAGGAUGGAUUGAGGUAGUCAUGACUACAUGUCAACUAUUACUAGCAUUUUUCUUUUUCUGAAAAGUUUAAGAAAAUAAUUUGGGCAAUUGUUCUCACAGUUCAAAUAUUUUGAACUGAAGCUCUCAGAACUAUUUUCUGUUUGAGAAAUUGUGUAAUUUAGGUCAGUGCAAGCUAGUCAACCACUGUUGACAAAUUAGCAUAAGGCAGUGAACCCAUGUAAGAGUUCUGAUAAAACAGCAGCUAGUCAACCAGCAUUGACAAAUUAGCAGGAGGUCUUGCACCCAUUUAAGAGUUCUGAUAAAACUGGAGAUAGUCAACCAACGUUGACAAAUUAGCAGAAGGCAUUGCAACUGUUUAAGAAUUCUUAUAAUACUGAAAAUUGUCAACCAACCACAGUUGACAAAGUAGCAAGGUAGUUUGCCCAUGUAAGAGUUCUGAUAACAAAUCACUCUUAUCUGUCUUAAAUUUGUUUUUAGCAUUUCUUUAGAAUUCAAUCACGUGUAUGUCCAUAACUUAGUUUUUGGCAUCUUGAUUUU